AUGACUGGACUGCUGACAUGGUGGCAGAGAACUGCAGAUGUUUGUUUCUCCUCAGAGAUAAACCUGAGCAGGAGUUUUAUUGAAAGUGCUGUGAAUGAAGCCAAAGCCAAAGUGGACCAGGAUUAUGAGUACUCCCGAAAAGAGAGCGUAGCACGUGUACGCAGGCAUGCAACACCUUCAGCCAUUCUACGGCUAAUGAAACAGCCUGCGGGUGCAACUCGCACUGCAGUGCGUGCUGCUGAUUAUAUGGAGAAUACCAUCAAACUGAUCCAGAAGAGGUCCCUUUACAACCACCGCAUACACAAGCGCUCCAUCAAUGCAACAGAUCUCAUCUCCGAGGAGGUUCUGAACAUUAUUGCCAAUCUCACCGGCUGCUCUGCUAGAAUUCGCUCCGUUUCUUGCGCAACCACUCCCAACCUGGACACGUUUCGCACUGCAACCAGUAUAUGUAACAACAGGAAACACUCUCGCUGGGGAGCCGCCAAUAUACCUUUCACCCGCUGGUUACGUGCUGAGUACCAGGAUGACAUCGCUCUGCCCAAAGGUUGGGACCCGAACGUGAGAGUCAACAGGCGUUUUCUGCCCUUGGUAAGGGAAGUAUCUAACCGUAUCCUGAAAACUGCCAAUACUGAUGUGGAAAGUGAUUCACUCUACACCCACCUUGUGACGAUCUUUGCCCAGUGGACCGACCAUGACCUGACGUUCACCCCUCACUCCCCCGUGAUCCGCUCAUUCAAUGGUGGCAUUGACUGUGAAGAGACCUGUGAUCGCACAGAGCCCUGUUUUCCCAUUUUGAUUCCCAAACAAGAUCCCCGCUUUGGCAACAACUCAGAAGAUUGCAUUCCCUUCUUCCGCUCAGCCCCAGCCUGCGGCUCUGGCAACACAGGUCACCUCUUUGGGGCAAGCAGUGUGCGUCAACAGAUGAAUUCCCUCACAGCUUUCAUUGAUGUAGGGCAGGUUUAUGGUUCAGACGACAUUAAAGCGCGCGACCUGCGCAACCUCUCUGAUGAUAAGGGCCUGUUGAGGGUCAACACCCAGUUCACUGACAAUGGACGCGAACUCCUGCCCUUCACCACCAUGAACACCAACAUGUGUGCCACCAGAGCACAGAUCACCAACAACAGUAAAGCUCAGGAGUUGCCCUGCUUUUUGGCUGGUGAUGCGAGAGCCAAUGAGAACAUUGGGCUGAGCAGCUUACACACACUCAUGUUACGUGAGCACAACCGGCUUGCACAUGCCCUGGCCAAACUCAACCCCAGAUGGGACGGAGAAAGACUCUACCAGGAGGUGCGCAAGAUCAUGGGCGCAUACUCCCAGGUCAUCACUUUUAGGGACUACUUGCGCCACAUUGUUGGUCCAAACUUCAUCGCCAAGCAGCUGUCCAACUAUCCUGGCUAUGAUGAAGAUGUGGAUCCAAGCAUCUCCAAUGUGUUUGCCACAGCAGCUUAUCGGUUUGCACACCUCGCGGUGCAGCCCUUCAUGUUCCGUCUCAAUGAAACGUACGAGGAGCACCCUGAGUUCCCCAGCCCGCUGCUGCACAGAGCCUUCUUCGCACCAUGGAGGAUUGUCUUUGAGGGUGGUUUGGACCCAAUCCUGAGGGGGCUGGUGGGUCGUAAGGCCAAGCUGAACACACAGGAGCACAUGAUGCAUGACGAACUGAGAGAAAGGCUCUUUAAAUUCUCCUCUGACCUGGCCCUGGACUUAGCAUCUCUCAACUUGCAGAGAGGAAGGGACCAUGGACUCCCUGGCUACAACAAAUGGCGCAAGUUCUGUGGGCUGUCACAACCCAAAAAUCUGAGGCAGUUGGCUCGGGUUCUGAACAAUAAAAAGCUUGCCAAGAAUCUGCUGAACCUUUACGGCACACCUAGCAACAUCGAUGUGUGGUUGGGUGGAGUGGCUGAACCCUUUGUGCGCGGAGGCCGGGUGGGGCCCUUGUUUGCUUGCAUUAUUGCUACCCAAUUUCAGAGGAUUCGCCAGGGAGACAGACUAUGGUGGGAGAAUCGUGGGGUCUUCACUGAUGAUCAGAAAGACUCCCUGAGGAACACAUCUCUUUCUCGCAUCAUCUGUGACAACACCGGUAUCACUGAAGUCCCAGAGCAACCCUUCCUAUACCGUCCCAGAGGUUCUGGCUACACCAAGUGUGAAGACAUCCCUGUCUUUGACCUCAGUCCAUGGAAGGAAGGCUCUGGACCGUACAAUGGUACACUACAAGGGCCACCUGGACCCCAAGGACCAGAAGGACCAAGAGGGCCACGUGGUCUGAGAGGGCCCCCUGGCCCUCCUGGCCCCUCAAUGGUCCAAGUUGCAUUUGCUGUGCGACUGGGCAAUAAGUUUCCCAAAGCUGGGAAGCCUAUUAUCUUCCGGGACGUCAUCUACAACGGACAGGGCAGUUAUGACAUCAAGACAGGGCUGUUCACCUGUGAGCACCCAGGAGUCUAUGAGUUUCAGUUUCACUGCACUAUCUACCAGAACACUGGCAAUGUGGACUUAAAACAUAAUGGAGAGCUGGUGCUUCACUCUUUCACCACCCAGCAGAAGGGUUACGUCUCAGCCAGCGGGGGCACUUACAUCCAGCUCCAGAAGGGAGACAAGGUCUGGCUGGUUGCUAAUGAUGGCGGCAAUGGUCUAACUGCUGACAGCUACUUCUCAGGCCAUUUGAUUUUCACCGUCUAGAUGACCAUCAUAAAGACACGAUGCUGCACUAUAUGACCAACGUGACCUCUGAAACAAACGUGCAUUAUUUGAAAAGUCACCAUUUGACUUUGAUUCUUUGCUACUUUUUUUAAAAAUUUUAAUCAAUGCACUACAAUACUUGCAUUGCUUAUAGAGAAGAAAAAGUAAAACGCUUCUUUGGCCUUUUUCCUCCCAUGGAUUACUGAAAAGUUGAGAUGAGUACGACCAAACCUAUGAUAGGUCCUGAUGAAUAAUAUUAGCGCAAUGUCGUUUGUUAGCGGAUUUCGAAGUCCUCCUUAAGUUUUUGUUUUAUUUCUGUAUUCUGGUGUAUUCUGUCAAUUGUAUAAACACAACAUCCAUUGCACCUCUGUCCGUCUUAGGAGAGAGAGCCCUCCUCUGUUGCUGUCCCUGAGGGUUCUUCCUAUUGUUUUCUGCCUGUUAAAGGUUUUUUUUCUUUUUCUUUUUUCUCCGAUGAGAGGGUCUAAGGACAGGAUGUUGUGUUGCUGUAAAGCCCACUGAGACAAAUUUGUAAUUUGUGGUAAUGGGGUAUACAAAUAAAUAAAACUUGACUUGUUUUUAAACAAUAAUCCCUUCUGGAAGUAUGAAAAUCCUUCAAUAAGCUAGUUUUCAAAAAAAAAAGAGAGAAAAGAAGCAUAUUACAGAUGAAUGUAGGGGAGCAGACUCCCUUUAGUCCCAUCAGUGAAUGAGUGGCGAUAAUGAUCACGUGAGUGAGCGAGCCAUAUUGGCUUGGUGCCGGCAGAGGGCGCUGGUUCACAGCUUCUCAGC